CUCUCUCUCCCUCUCUGUCUCCCCUCACUACGCGGACCGGGUAGUCGAGCGAGAGAAAAACAGACGGCAGAAGGAAAGCAGGGGAACACGGAGACACGCGAGCCUGAUACCACGAUCCGGCCACACUGGUGCGCCCAUCAUUUCCCCGCACGAUUUUCCGCGCUACGACCUUCUCCGACGUUGGCCACGUCGCCGCUCUUGGUUUUCACGCGCGGGACGACGCGCGCGUCACACUGAGGGCCCAGCUCGCCACGCGGGGAACCAUCCGAACGCCACGAUGUGCUUUGUGUGUGUACAGUGCAGUGUCUUCUUGGUGCUAACUUAGUGAUAACGAUUUUCAAACACGCCCACCAGCGACGAGACGCCGCGCGGCGACUUAUCGCGCCAACUCGGGAUUGAUAACGAUUAAGAAGGCGGGGUCAGAGACAGAUUUUGCUCGUGAUCGUGAAGCAAGCGCCAGGAUUACCUAUGAUCUCCCCGAGCGUCCUCAGCAGGACCACGCUUCCGGCAGAGAGGCGUUUUUGGCACCGUUCCUAAUCCCCUUUCCAUCUCCCUCCCUCGUGUCCUGCUCGAAACCCCGUGGCUCCUGGUUCUCCUUCUGUUGGAGCAACCCCCUCUGAAGGAAACCACCGCCGACCUUUCACCCCUCCAGUGCGUCGCAAGAGGACGAUUUUCGACAGGAUGGAUAUGAGCAGCGAGUCGAGCGCGGCUAGGUGGUACGAGCCCCCUAGGUCCACGCUGGAGCCGCCCUCGGGGGGCGCAGGAGUCGCCGGAGUCGUCGGCAACCCCUCCGAUUACAGGGGUUACUACCCCCACGCUGGACCAACCGCCCAUCACCCCGCAGCCGCCGCGCACUAUGCUCACACAAGGAUGUCGAGCAGCGGCGUGACGAGCGGCCCGGUGAGCCAGGUCUGUCGGCCGCACUUUCACAGUUCGGUGCUGCACCCGUGGCUGUCCGGGAGCGGGGCGGACACCUCGAAGACACCCUGGGGAUUCCCGACGACGACCGGCUCGACCGGCGGCGCGGUGAGCGACGACAAACCGCAGAGCCCUCUAGGCUCGUCCCUGCCUCCGAGCACCGGCAGCCUGUCGAGUCACGGCGGCGCCGGUGCCGGCCAUCAUCUCUUCUCGUUCCCGCCGACGCCGCCCAAGGACGCGACCCCGGACAGCAUCACCGCGAGCACCACCUCCAGCACGACGAACAACAACAGCAGCAGCGGGAACAACAACAACAACGGGAACCCGCUGUCGGGCCUGGGUGGCGGGGCGAGCAGCGAGUACCAGGCGGCGGUGGCCCACGCGGCGGUGAUGGGCGCGUUCAUGCACCAUCAGGACGCGUUGGGUGCCGGGGGUGCGAGCUCGUGCGACGUGAAGCCUAGCGUGAUGCUGGGCCACCAUCACGGAGCGCCGUCGCCGCCGCACCAACAACACAACGGGACGACGAACGGCGGGAACGCCGGGAACGGGACGAAUGGCGGCGGGGCGAGCGGACAGGUGAAGCAGCGCGAAGGUAAUAACCAGUCGGGCAGCGUGUCCGGCAGCCAACAGGCGAGCACCGCGCAACAGCAACAGCAGCAGCAGCAACAGCAGCAGCAGCAGCAGCAGCAGCAGCAACAAGAGGCUGCGUAUCAGGGAAACCAAGUGGCGGCCGGUGGUGGCGGUGGUGGCGGUGGUGCGAGCUCGCCGACCUGCAGGGACAGUUACGCGGCCGCAGCCGCCGCCGCCGCCGCAGCCGCGGCCGCGGCUGCCUCCAACACCCACCAUGCCACCUCCGGAUCCCAGUACGACCCGGCAACCAGCGCGUAUAACAUGUACCAGCACCUGCCGUAUCCUAGUAGUACCCACCACCAUCACCAUCACCAUCAUCACGGCGCCUCCUCGUCGUCUUCUUCGUCUUCGUCCCACAAUCCGCACAACGGGACCGCGGUUUCCGGUAUUUUCGGGCAUCACGCCGCCGCCGCCGCCGCCGGGGCCGGCAACGCGUCCGGCGUGGCCGGCGUUAACGUCGACUCGAAGUUGUUGGUCGGUCACGCGCACGCCAACACGCCGAGCUCGCCUUCCGCGCAGCAGCAGCAGCAGCAAAAGCCCAGGAACAAGUCGAGGACGUCCGCCGAGGGCCGCGAGUGCGUGAACUGCGGCGCAACCUCGACGCCUCUGUGGAGACGGGACGGGACCGGCCACUACCUCUGCAACGCCUGUGGACUCUACUACAAGAUGAACGGCCAGAACCGACCUCUCAUCAAGCCGAAACGACGCCUGGUAAGUACCUAA